UGUGUGUGUGUUUGUGUUGUCAUCGCGCCGCCGAAACCACCGACAGAACGCGACUGUCUACACACCGAGAAGUAAGCACACUGCGUUAUUGCACUGCAAACAAGCACGGUCGAACUUACGUCACGUCAUGAAGUUGUUUACUUCGUUCGUGUUGUCGAUCGCGGUGGCGGUUGCCGUCACGCAUAUGGCGUACGGGUCACCCGCCCCCGGUAAAGCGGACGCGGCCAAGAUCCAAAAAAACAUGGCCAAAAAUAAAGCCAAGAAGACACAGGAAGUACUCCAGUUCGGUAACCAACAGAACAGGCAGGCGGACAACAGAAACUACGCCAGAGCCGAAAAGAGACAGGCACCUGAUGAUCACCACGACCCAGAACCGGUGCCCGAAGUGAACAACGCCCUUGAACACUAUCCCCAGGCAGCUAGACACGAAAAGAUCGCCGACCUCUUUUACAACCCAGAUUCCUAUGGACUUCAAUCGUUAGACGCUGAUGACCGUUAUAAAAGGAACGCUUACCAUUUCGGCACCCCGGUUAAGAGAAGCGGUUCUAGAGCAUACGGUUCAUAUUUGGACAGCGGACGUGCCAAACGCGACUUGCCUUUCGACCCUGAAGAAUUGCUGGCGUUAAUGUCCAUCCUGGAAGCAAAUAAGGCUCGAGACAAACCCAGACAUGCCGUACCAAGUUAUGUUCAAAAUUAUGGUCAAAAUUAUGGACACGAAUCAAUUCCAUACGAAGAAAAUGAAAUACCAGAAGAAGAUGACGAAGAUGACAUUCAAGAAGUCUGGGAGGAGCGCCCUGUUGUACUUGCCCCGUCGCCGAAAGAUUUCUACAUAAAUAACGAGUUUCAGCGCAAGCAGAGAUCUCAACACGGAUCCAAAAAUAAUUAUUUUCAGGGUCUAAACCACUAUCAAGAGGAACCGCAGUACUAUAGAUUGUCAGAUUUCUACCGCUAUUACAACUACUAAACACAAUAAUAUAUAUAUAUAUAUUAUAACAAUAAUAAUUAUAAUAUACGAGUACGGCGAUGCUGUUUCACUCAUCUAGUGGCAUUUAUAUACUUUACCAUCAUAUUUAAUUUAUAAUAAACUUAACGUUAAUAUAAUAUUAUGUGUUGUACUACUGAAUCUACGAAAAUUAAGAUAUUAUAAUUAUUAUAUUAUACUAUUUACCUAUAUUAUAUUCUAUUUAUUAAAAUUAAUAUAUUAUAUCAAUGCAUUAAUAUCAAGAUAUAAUGAUGCGGUUGUAAGUUAUAUAGAAAAUGUUUAAUUGUUUUGAAUUUUAAAUCUUUUAAAAUUAAAUUAUACGAUUUUAGAGUGUAUUAGUAUUAAAUGUGCGCGUGUCACUAUAUAUACAUAUUUGAUAUUAUACAAAUAAUUAUACAUAAGACUUGAAUUACGAACUGUGUCCACACAUUUAUACACAUGAUCCCUGCUUAUGUGGUGGAUAAUCUCAUUCAAUGGAUCCAUAUAAUCGAUUCUACUGAAAUUAUCAAUUUCCUAGGAAUUGUGUGUGCAAGGUGCAUUACUUGAGAUUCAACCACAGGUUGGCUGCAAUAGCGUAAUUAGGAUUUGAUUAAAGAAGAAAUGGCAAAAUAAUAUAACAUGUGCAUUUUAAAAUUACAUGCCACGAAAAAAAAUGAUAACUUGCUUGUAUUAUUAUCUUUUAAAAAUAAAAACUUAAAAUAA